CCUCCCGACCCGCCGAUCGGCCGAGGCUUUCGCGUCGGGCUCCCGUCGAGCCUUCGCGUCCGUGUCCCCUGCGCCCCGCCGCUGCCACCCCAAACUUUGGCCAGCACCGCCCGGGCUCCGCGCCAGGGACGAGCCAGGGCCUCCGGGUCCCACGCGGAGGCAACGCGCAGCCGGGCUCACCGGGUCGCGCGCUCUGGCCUGGCGCUGCGAAUGCGAGGUGGGUCAGGGCGCUCACUGCACACCCGUCGUGGCCCGAGAGCCUCGGAUCAAGACCAGUUGACACAGACCUUCCCUCUUUAAGGAGCGAGGAAUUUUCAAGAUGAAUUAUACCAAGUCCAGCCCAUUGGCAGAAUCAACUGCAAUAGGUUUUACACCUGAGUUAGAAACUAUCCUACCUGUGCCUUCCAAUGAGACCACUUGUGAAAACUGGAAAGAGAUACAUCAUCUAGUUUUUCAUGUAGCAAAUAUUUUUUUUGCAAUUGGGUUGGUUAUUCCAACUACUCUUCACCUUCAUAUGAUACUUCUUAGGGGGAUGUUAACUAUAGGAUGUACCCUUUACAUCGUCUGGGCCACUCUCUACCGAUGUGCCUUGGACAUCAUGAUCUGGAACUCGGUGUUCCUGGGGAUCAACAUUUUGCAUCUUUCAUAUCUUUUGUACAAGAAAAGACCGGUAAAAAUCGAAAAGGAACUCAAAAGCCUCUACCAUCGAUUGUUUGAACCACUCCGUGUGCCUCCAGAUUUGUUCAAAAGAUUAACUGGACAGUUUUGCAUGAUCCAGACAUUGAAAAAGGGCGAGACCUAUGCUGCAGAGGAUAUAACCUCAGUUGACGACCGUCUGAGUAUUCUCCUGAAGGGAAGAAUGAAGGUCUCCUAUCGAGGACACUUUCUGCAUAAUAUUUACCCCUGUGCCUUUAUAGAUUCUCCUGAAUUUAGAUCAACCCAGAUGCACAAAGGUGAAAAAUUCCAGGUCACCAUUAUUGCAGAUGAUAACUGUAGAUUUUUAUGCUGGUCAAGAGAAAGAUUAACUUACUUUCUGGAAUCAGAGCCUUUCCUAUAUGAAAUAUUUAGGUAUCUUAUAGGAAAAGACAUUACAAAUAAGCUCUACUCAUUGAAUGAUCCCACCUUAAAUGAUAAAACGGUCCAGAAGUUGGACCACCAGCUCAGCCUUUGCACACAGCUGUCCAUGCUGGAAAUGAGGAACAGUAUAGUCAGCUCCAGUGAAGAUGAAGACGGCUUACACCAGUUUCUUCGGGGCACCUCCAGUGUUUCCUCUCUUCAUGUGUCACCCCUACACCAGCGAGCCUCUGUGAAGAUGAACCCAAUAGAGGAAGGGGCGGAAAACGAUGACGAGGUCUUUGAACCCGUGUCCUCGAAUACGCUUCAAGUUCGUCGCUGGCCUUGAUCCCAAGAGAGGAUUCACGUUACCAAGAGGGAAACUGUCUGGAAGAGAUCCUGAAAAAUACCAGCACUUUUUCACAGCUUUUCAAUUGUUCUGCUUUAAUAUUGAUACUCCCAGCCUGGGAGAGUCUGAGGGCAGGAAAGGGAGGGAGAUUCAAAACAUGGGAAGGUUAUCUUCUCUUUUUACUGGUCAGCUUUCUGUUCCACUGAGCCUUCUGACUAAACUGAGUGCUAUUUUUGAGAGAUAUAUUUUCACAGUGUUUUCUAGAUAUGUUAUCAUUUAACUUAAAAAAAAUCUUAGCGCUUUGUCAUUGCAAAUGCCUUCACUUAUCUUUCCGAGCUGUUCCUUUUCGUCAGAGACAGUUUUUUCUCUGCCGUGGCAAUGGGGCUGUCCGUUUGAUAGUUGUAACAAACAAUGUAAGUUCGAAAUUGAGGCUGAGGUAACAUUAAAAAGCAGGGAAUCUCAGGCUUCGCUCAGUUGAUUUUUUGGCCGGAAAAUUUUAAAGAAAGAUGUGAUGCGAUUCAUGUAUAUUUUUCUCUCAGGCCAGACACGUCAUUCUACUAGACUGCCUUCCUUUUGUGGGCCUUGUGUGGAUAGCUUGAUAAUGAACAAAGCUCGUCAGACUUUGGUCACAUUACCCUUAUAUUAUGCUGUUUGGAAGUUGGGCUGAGCCCUAAAGCUGGAAACGUUAACAGUGGAAGAGGUUCUGAGCCUGGGGUCGGCCUUUGGCUAAACCAGCCCAGCUUGCCCCACACUCUGCUGUGGGAAGCACGUUCCUUGGGGUGGGAGGACCGGGAGAGUCAAGUGGCCAAACAAGUGUCGCAGAAUGACGAGGCUGACGGAGCCGCUGCACUCUUCAUCUGCUAUUCUGACAUGCAGAUGGUUCCUCCAGGUCCAUAGAUGUCUCCUUACUGUGUGUGCCAGGGACCAGGUACCAGAGAUGCAAACAAGGACACAGCUGUGUGCGGGCAGACGGUCCACCACAAGCCCUGCCAUGAUCGCCCAGCCUAGAUAGUGCUGUGAGGGCCUGCAUUCCAGACAUGGUGGUAUUUGGGAAAUUCGAAGUCUGCUUAAAUCAUCCAGCGGGUCAGUGUGACUGUGGCCCUCCACCAGGCCACCUAGUUGGGGGAAGCCCCCUGAUGGGCUGGGCUCCAUCAUGCCCCACUACCUUUAUUUUGUGUCAUCCACUGGAACCAACUCUGAGUCAGUCCCAUUAGGUUAAACAGCUAAGAAAAGGUUCAAGUGAAAUUAGUUUCAGGUGAGCUGAGCCAACAGCAUCUUUUGCCAAGAGGUGAUUUCUGUGAGAGGAGAUAUAAAAAUAAGCUACUCCAGGGUCACCUCAUUUUCCUAAACUCAUUUUUUGAAGCCAGUUAUUUUAGUAAUUUCACUUGAGUCAAAUUUACAUGCUUGGUCACUCACUGAGAAAACUUCCACAGACUGGGUAUCCAGCUGCUAACAUAGUCAUCAAAUGCUGGCCUAUUAGCCUCACAGUAGAAAGGCUGAUUUCACUUUCCCACUAUAGUGGUCUCUUCGGUUUGCUAAAUUAGAAAUUUAUUUGGGGAAAUGAAACAAAGGUGAAUGACUUUGCCUUGGCUUUAAGACUAUAAAGAUAUAAUAGGUUGAACUCUUUCUUUCAAUGCCCGAAUCAAGUAUAUAAGCUAAUGGUGUUAAUACUGCUUUCCUUUAACUAUUGGAGUGAAGCUAUGUAGGCCAUUGAGUUUACACAUGCAUAAGACCUAACUUACAAAAUCACUCUAUAGAGUAAUUAGAUAUCACAUCCUUCUCUGAGUAGAAAGUAAUUUUAGAUGCUGCUAAAGCCAUGUUUUUAAUGUUCUGUGAAUCCACAGAACCUUGAGAUUUUCUUACCCUGACCCAUCUUCAGGUUUGUCUCACUUUGUCAACCACAGACAACAGAGGGUGUUAUCUCUAAUGAUCAGCCUGGAUGUGUUUGGAGGUUCUUUUCUAUAGUGCUGGGAACAAACAUGUUUAAAAGCACACUGCUAAAAUUAGGUGAUAUGAAGUCAUUUACUGGUUUUAUUAAAACGUGUGCACAUCAGUGCCAUUGAUAAGGAAGAUUAUAAUUUCAAGAUUAGGAAUCUUGGGCUUCCCUGGUGGCACAGUGGUUGAGAGUCCACCUGCCGAUGCAGGGGAGAUGGGUUCGUGCCCCGGUCCGGGAAGAUCUCACAUGCCGCGGAGCGGCUGGGCCCGUGAGCCAUGGCCGCUGACCCUGCGCAUCUGGAGCCUGUGCUCCGCAACGGGAGAGGCCACAGCAGUGAGAGGCCCGCGUACCGCAAAAAAAAAAAAAAAAAAAGAUUAGGAAUCUUCAAAGAGCCAUUUAGCUUGAAUGGGAAACACGAAACUAUUUUUAAAUACAUCCCUCUAAGGACAACAGUUAGUCUCAGAGAAAAGGAGCUGAAGACAUUGAGUAGUCUUCCCACUAGACUUGAUAGCAAAGAAGCAGAUAAGAAAACAUAAAAGAUCUCCUAUGGAUAAUUUUUAUAAAUUUAUGUAUACAAAUGAACAAGUGUAUCUUUGUAUAACGCAUAGAUAAAAAACACAUUUGCUGCCAAUGA